UAUCUGGAUUUGCACAAUGAAUUCGGCCUUUCACUGUGUCUGGUGCAAUGUCAUCGCCUCCCUAACUGGCGUUUACUGAGUAAAAAUACACACUUUCACAGCCAAACGAACGCAACCUCGGGUGUUAAGUCGAACGUCAACAGAGAGGACAUGUAAAGCCAUCGUUUUGAAAAGGAGGAAUUGUAUACGCUGACUAAGGAGAACACAUUAAGUUCACAUAUCGAGCCUUUCUUUUAUAAGGUCCUGCUGUAGUUCUGGUCUGUAUCCAGUCUCCUCUCUAAAUGGCGAUAGCACGCCAGUUUGGAUUACUCUUGUGGAAGAACUACCUUCAGCAGAAGCGUCAGAUCCUGGUGACUCUAGUGGAGAUCGCCCUGCCCCUGCUCUUCUCGGGCAUCCUCAUCGUGCUGCGCGAGAACGUGCCCUUCAAGGACUACCCCAACGCCACGCUCUACCAGAGCUUCUCUGUGGAUGGCCUGCAGUACCCACUGGACAACUACCAUCACUACCAGUUGGCCUACGUGCCGGGCAACGCCAGUGUGGUGCGGUGGGUGGCGGAGGACGUGCAGCGCAGCCUGCACCCCGUCAUCAGUUCAGUGUAUGGGUUUGAGACAGAGGAGCAGUUUGAGGACUUUGUGAGGAAGGACCCUCAGUCUCGGAAGGUUCUGGCUGCUGUGGUGUUUGAGCACUCCUUCACUCACGAUGAUGAGCCACUGCCCCAACAGGUCAGCUACCACCUGCGGUUCAGCUUUAGUCCCCGUAAUGCCCCGGCCAAGGAGAAGUCUGAGCUAAACAUCAACAAUGACUUUGACUGGCACACCCUCAACUUGUUCCCCCUCUUCCAACUGCCCGGGCCCAGGGAGCAGUACGACCUCCAGGGGGGCACGCCUGGUUAUUUCCGCGAGGGCUUCCUGGCAGUGCAGCAUGCGGUCAACCAGGCAAUCAUGCGUUCCUAUAACAGCACAGGAGCAGCCUGGCUCCUCUCCCACACCCGGGUGGUCCUCCGCCGAUUCCCCUUCCCGCCGUUCAUGUACGAUGUGUUCAUCCUGGCCAUCCAGAACCAGCUGCCCCUCCUCCUGGUGCUGAGCCUCACCUAUACCUCUCUGAACAUCGUGAGGGCCGUGGUGCAGGAGAAGGAGAGGAAGCUCAAGGAGUACAUGCGGAUGAUGGGCCUCAGUAACUGGCUGCACUGGACGGCCUGGUUCCUCAUGUUCUUCCUCUUCCUCGCCAUCUCCAUGUUCUUCGUCACGCUGCUCUUCUGCAUCAAGGUGAGCCCUAAUGGAGCUGUGUUGACCUAUAGUGACCCCACGCUGGUCUUUGUCUUCCUGCUUGUCUUUGCCGUGGCAACCAUCAACUUCAGCUUCAUGAUCAGUGCCUUCUUCUCAAGAGCCAAUGUGGGAGCGGCGGCGGGCGGCUUCAUCUACUUCCUGUCCUACCUGCCGUACGUGUUCCUAUGGCCUCGCUACGACCUGCUUAGCCACGCCCAGAAGGUGUCUGCCUGCCUCAUCUCCAAUGUGGCCAUGGCCAUGGGAGCGCAGCUACUAGGCAUGUUUGAGGGCAAAGGCACGGGGAUCCAGUGGUGUAACCUGUUUGAGUCGGUGACGGUGGACGAUGACUUCUCCCUGGCCCAGGUGCUGGGGCUGCUGCUGCUGGAUGCCCUGCUCUAUGGCCUGGUGGCCUGGUACGUGGAGGCUGUGUUCCCAGGGGAGUACGGAGUCCCUCUGCCCUGCUACUUCUUCCUACUGCCGUCCUACUGGUGCAGCAGCCCCCGCAUGGCCAUGGUGAAGGAAGAGGAAGACGUGGAGAAGGCUCUGAAGGGAGAGUUCAUCGAGGAGGAGCCAGCCGGACUGGUCUCAGGAGUCAAGAUCAAACACCUGAACAAGGAGUUCAAAGUGGGUAACAAGACGCGGCAGGCUGUCAAGGAUCUGACAGUGAACAUGUUCGAGGGCCAGAUCACAGUUCUGCUGGGGCACAACGGAGCCGGGAAGACCACCACACUGUCCAUGCUGACAGGUCUGUUUCCUCCCAGUAGUGGCAGGGCCUACAUUAACGGCUAUGACAUCUGUCAGGACAUGGCUCUGAUUCGCCACAGCCUGGGCCUGUGUCCGCAGCACGACGUGCUCUUUGACAACCUCACUGUCCGGGAGCACCUGCUAUUCUACACACAACUGAAGGGGUAUUCCCAGGAGAAGAUUCCAGCUGAGGUGGACCGGAUCAUCAGGAUUCUGAACCUGGAGGACAAGCGACAUUCCCACUCCAAGACCCUGUCAGGUGGGAUGAAGAGGAAACUAUCCAUUGGCAUCGGCCUCAUCGGAGACUCCAAGGUGGUGAUGUUGGAUGAGCCCACGUCGGGCAUGGACCCGUCGGCGAGGCGGGCCACCUGGGACCUGCUCCAGGGCGAGAAGCGCGGGCGCACCAUCCUGCUGACUACGCACUUCAUGGACGAGGCCGACCUGCUGGGGGACCGUAUAGUCAUCAUGGCUGGGGGAGAGCUGCAGUGCUGCGGCUCUCCACUGUUUCUCAAGAACAAAUACGGUGCUGGCUACCACAUGGUGAUCGUGAAGGAUGCGCUGUGCAACGUGUCUGAGAUCACACGGCUGGUCCACAUGUACGUUCCCAAUGCCACGCUGGAGAGCAGUGCUGGGGCUGAGCUCUCAUACAUUCUGCCCAAAGAGAGCACCAACCGGUUUGAGCUGCUGUUUGCAGAGCUGGAGAUGAACAGAGAGGAGCUGGGCAUCGCCAGCUAUGGAGCCUCUGUCACCACCAUGGAGGAGGUCUUCCUCAGAGUGGGGAAGCUGGUGGAUUCUAGCCUGGACAUCCAGGCCAUCCAGCUUCCCCCGCUGCAGUACCAACACGAGAGACGCUCCCACGACUGGACCAUGGACGACACCAGCAGCUACAGCGGCAUGACGGACGUCACCGACUUCACUGACAGCGGCACGCUCAUCUCCGAGGACUGCUCCAACAUCAAGCUCAACACCGGGGCCAGACUGUACAUGCAGCAGUUCUAUGCCAUGUUCCUGAAGCGGGCGCUCUAUAGCUGGAGGAACUGGAAGGUGAUUGUGGCCCAGUUCCUGGUGCCCCUGGUGUUCACCGUGCUGGCCCUGGUGGUGGCAAAGACCUUCCCCGGGCGCCACGACUCACCGCAGCUGAGGCUGGCACUGGGCCGCUACGGCCCCACCACCGUGCCCGUGGCCCUGGAGCCCGGCAAGGGACCGCUGGCAAUCGCCCUGGCACAGGUGUAUUCUUCACAAUUGGCAGCCCAGCAAGCCCAGGACGUCAAUAUUAGGGACUUCACGGAGUACGUGCUCACCAAGACCGAGGAGGAGGGCGGGGCAUUCAACGAGCGCUGUGUGGUGGGUGCAUCAUUCAGCGGCGGCACGGGGGAGAUCGCCGAGGUCACGGCCUACUUCAAUAACCAGGGCUACCACACGGCCGCUACAGCCCUGAUGAUGGUGGACAACACCCUGUUCAAAAUGCUGGCCGGGCCCAACGCAUCGAUUAUGACGGGAAACAUGCCCAUGCCCCGCAACGUCUCAGAGAGCGCCCAGAGUCAGCUGACAGAAGGUCAGACGGGCUUUGCCAUCGCCAUCAACCUGAUGUAUGGCAUGGCAUCCCUGUCCAGUACCUUCGCCCUGCUCCUGGUCACAGAGCGUUCGCUCAAGUCCAAGCACGUACAGCAGGUCAGCGGCGUCUACCUCUCCAACUUCUGGUUCUCUGCACUGCUCUGGGACCUGGUCAACUUCCUCCUGCCCUGCAUGCUCAUGCUGGUGGUGUUCCGGGCGUUUGGGGUCUUGGCCUUCGUAGCAGACAACCACCUGGUUGACGUGUUAUUACUCCUGCUGCUAUAUGGCUGGGCCGUCAUCCCCCUCAUGUACCUGCUCAGCUUCCUGUUCUCCACCGCUGCCACCGCCUACACCCGCCUCACCAUCUUCAACAUCAUCAGCGGCACCGCCACCUUCCUCACCGUCACCAUCAUGACCAUCCCAGAGCUAUGUCUACAGGACCUGUCUCGUAACCUGGACAAGGUGUUCCUGCUCUUCCCUAACUACUGCCUGGGCAUGUCCUUCAGCCAGUUCUACCAGAACUACCAGUUCAUCACCUUCUGCACCCCCAACCCCGUGACCACGGCCUUCUGCCGUGCCUUCAACAUCACGUACCAGGAGAACUACUUCUCCAUGUCGGAGCCGGGGGUGGGGCGUUUCCUGGUGGCCCUGUCCCUGCAGGGUGUAGUCUUCAUCACCCUCCUCUUCAUCAUCGAGAUGCAGUGUGUCAAAACCCUCCGCCGCUUCCUCACCCACCUCGCCAGCAGACGUAAACAGUUGCCUCUGAUGGGGGAUGCGGCCCUACUGCCGGAGGACAGGGACGUAGCGGAGGAGAGGAAGAGGGUUCUGGAUUGUCAGCCCAUAGUAGAAUCUAUGGUGGGGAGCCCACUCAUUCUGCAGGACCUCAGCAAGGUAUACAGCAGUGGAGAAACAGUACUGGCGGUAGACAGACUCUCUCUAGCAGUGGGGAAAGGAGAGUGUUUUGGCCUGCUGGGUUUCAAUGGAGCAGGGAAGACCACCACCUUCAAGAUGCUCACCGGGGACGAGACUGUCACCUCUGGCGAUGCCUACAUUGACGGCUACAGCAUUCUGAGGGAUGUCAAGAAGGUUGGAGAGAGAGUGUAUGCUUGCCCGCAGUUCGACGCUGUCCUGGAUCACAUGACAGGAAGAGAAACGCUGAGCAUGUAUGCUAGGCUCCGGGGGAUACCAGAGAAAUACGUGUCAGGCUGCGUGGAGAACGUGCUACGGUCCUUACUACUGGAGCCCCAUGCUGACAAACUGUGCCGCAGCUACAGUGGGGGCAAUAAGAGGAAGCUGAGUGCGGCUGUGGCUCUGAUUGGUGGACCCCCGGUCAUCUUCCUGGACGAGCCGUCCACUGGCAUGGACCCGGUUGCUAGGCGACUGCUGUGGGAUGCUGUGACGCGCACCCGAGAGUCUGGAAAGGCCAUCAUCAUCACCUCUCACAGUAUGGAGGAAUGUGAGGCCCUGUGUACCCGGCUGGCUGUGAUGGUGAACGGUCAGUUUAAGUGUCUGGGCAGUCCCCAGCACCUGAAGAGUAAGUUUGGCAGCGGCUACACACUACUGGCUAAAGUACGAGUGGACAAGGAGGUGGAGGAUAGCGACCUGCAACUCUUCAAGGACUUCAUCGAGAGCACCUUCCCAGGAAGUCUACUAACAGAUGAACACCAGGGCAUGGUGCACUAUCACUUAACUGACAAGACUCUUACCUGGGCACAGGUGUUUGGCACCCUGGAGGCAGCCAAAGAGAAGUACAACAUCGACGACUACGCUGUGAGCCAGAUCUCCUUGGAACAGGUGUUCCUCAGCUUCGCCCAGUUCCAGCAUUGCAGCAGGAAAUAGAUACAGCGAGGAGGAAGAAGAGGGGGAGCUCCAUCUCUCUGUUUCUCUCUCUUUCUCUGUCCAUCCGUCGUGUGUAUCUCUCCACUCUGUGUGGCUGACCUGUGUACAUGGGCUCGACUAUGUGACGCGCCACUGAGCUAUGAUCAGGUCUUGAUCAACAUACACACAGACAGACACUGUGCAGUGAUGGAGCAGAGUUUGAAUCCCUGGACACCCGGUCUUCAACGUGGCCGUGUUACCCCAGCUCCCUCUAACCCCGCUGGGCUUGGUCUGCCAACCAGACUGGACCUGUUGAUCCAAGCCUGGGUCUUAACCAUCAACCACUCCUUUCUCUUCUGUUCAAUCAGUUUGUGUGUUGGACAUUGAGGUCAGUACAGAGGCAAGGUUAGGGUUAGGGAGUUCUAAGUAAGGAAUCUUCGAUGUUACCCCUUUUUUGUCUUUGACGUUUAAAGACCAUGUAUACAACUGGAUACCACUGGAUAUGAUGGUCUACUCUGUAUAAUACAACUCAGCCUUGUGAAUGUGUGACAGGCAGGGUUGUGAAUGUGUGACAGGCAGGGUUGUGAAUGUGUGACAGGCAGGGUUGUGAAUGUGUGACAGGCAGGGUUGUGAAUGUGUGACAGGCAGAGUUGUGAAUGUGUGACAGGCAGGGUUGUGAAUGUGUGACAGGCAGGGUUGUGAACUUGUAUGCAGCUUUCUUUAUGAAUGAUUUUUGUCUCCUCAUAUAAUUCUUACUGUGAUCCUAAACAAUUGUGCACAGUGGGUAUUGUUCGUCACUGAUAUGAUUGAAAUAUACAAUGAAGCACUUCAAGUGAUGGAAUUGUAAAACAAAUCAACAUUUUUUUUUUCUUUAUUAGGGUAAAUGCCAUGCUAAUGCCAUGCCAGGGUAAAUGCCAUGCUAAUGCCAUGCCAGGGUAAAUGCCAUGCUAAUGCCAUGCCAGGGUAAAUGCUAUGCUCUAACACGUGUUCAUCAUUUUUGGUCGGAUGUAAAUGAUGUAAUAGAUUCAUGGUACUGAAGCCACUUCCGGUAGGAAAUCAUUAGAUUGGUUUGCAGAAACAGUAGCUAACAAUUGCAUGUCUGAAAGAACAACAACCUCUCUGCACUGCAUUGCAUGGCACACCAAAGGUGUGCUAGGUAUUGAGUUGCCCUCAGACCAUCAUCAAAAUUCCUAAUUGCAAGAUUCAGAAAGAAAAAAGGUCUUGAAGGAUUUGGGCAUGUUGGACUGUGUGGUUUCUAUCCUGAGCAUUGUGUCCACUGACUGAAGCACAACUUCCCUUUCUACGGGCUAUAGUAAGUUUGAUGCAGUGUCAUAGUUACAGAAUCACUAUCUCAACCUGCUGAGGUACAGAUAUGUUAUUUGACUUUAAGGGACAAGUCAAUGACCUUGUGAAAUCACUGAACUAUCCCUCUAAGUGAGGUGUUUUUUGGUUAGUUUACCCACACUAAUUUAACUGCAGUUUAAGCAUUUCUUGUUAACUUUAUUUGUUUGUGUGCUGUCCCUUUACUGCUGUCAAUUAUACUACUACAGUACUACAAUGUUAUUCCUGAAGGCUGAAACAAAAUGAUGUUUUUGCUUAUCAAUGUGUAGAUGCAUUACAGCUAUGGACCAAUGCACUGUUACUUCUUCUUAAUAUAGAGUUUAGAGUACUUUACUAUAGAGUAACACAGCGUCCAGUCAACAAAUCAGUCACUUUUUCCCGUCCAUUGGCUGUUUUGUUUUCUCAUUUGCAAACCCUUUCUCAAUGUAAUUGAAUGAAGAGUUUGAAUGAGAAUGUGAGGUUUAAAGACAAUAGCUUCCACAGGAAUGAAAGUAUUUCUGUCCAGACAGAGAAUUCCUGCGUCUUGUCCCAGCAUUCCAUUUAUACAUUUUUUUUGCUUUGUGGAAAAUGUUUAGGCCAAGUCCAAUAUUUAGUCCAAUUGUGUCUCGACAGGUUAACUCUCCUAUGUUCUCCCAAUGCUACACUGGUUGAUGUGGUUAUGUAUCUAACCUAUCAACAGUAGUCAUGGGAGCAUAGUAUAAACGUCUUAAAGGGGUAGCUGACUUUUUUGUUGAUGUUUUCAGUUAAAAAAAGUAAGCUGUCCUUUUUAAAAGAAUGUUUCUGAAAAUGGUUAACUUAUCAAUGCAACUGACUGUAAAACAGCCUCUUUAUAAGGACCAUGAAGGAUCAACUCUGCCCCCCAAACCCCUCCCUCAUAGCUCACUCAAUCUAGCAAGUUGACUUUUUAUUUUAUUUUUUAAAAGCACUUUUGAAGUAAACCUCCGCAACAAUGGCUGUUUCUGGGAUGGUGGAACUUAAGCACUGUGUAGGAUAGUUGACAAACUGAUAGGCAAGUGGUGACAGACUUAAGUAGAGGCUGACGUUCAUGUUUGGAAGACAAAAAAUAGUGCUUAUUGAUUAUACAGGGCUCUGUCCUGACAACUGUUUUUGUUACGUUUAUACAUAUUAUAGAUGCUAGUUCAUCCAAAUGGACAUGUCUUACAGCAAGUAAAAGAGAACUUGAAAACAUUGUGAUGAUGAUGAUGAUGCAUAUGAUUAGGAUGAAAUACAAUGUAUCAUAUUUAAAAAGGGACUCUUCAUCAUUGUACUCGUAUGUACUGUAUCAUGGAACUAACCUUGUCUACUGUAUAAUUACUGCUAUUAUUUUUUAAAUUAAAUUUGCUUUAUGCAAAUUGGAACAAAAACAA